AUGGCCGCCGAUUCGGCUGGUUUGGAGCCAAAUUGGGUUCGUCAAGCAGACAUAGGUCUUCCUCGUCCAGACGUUGUACUGUUUUUCGAGGUCUCACCAGAAGUUGUAAAGCAGAGAGGCGGAUACGGUGAUGAGCGUCUUGAGAGCGAUCAACUUCAACAGAAGGUUCAUCAUGCAAUGAAGGAGCUAAGAAAAAGCUACUGGCAGACUAUAAAUGCCGACGGCGAUAUGGAGACGGUGGAAGCGGUCGUUCAAGAAAUCUACUCGAAGAUAUCUCGAGAAGAACCCUUAGGAAAGAUUGAUUCUAUCUGA